GCGGCGCGACACGACGCUGCACGACAGGCCGCAAAGCGCGGCGCUUCCGGCUGGCGCGGAGGGGAGCGCAGCGCCGGCAGCCGCGUGUGAGCGAGCGCCGAGGCCGCCGUGCCCGCGCCGGCCCCCCGCGACCCCCGCCCCCAGGAUGUUCAAGAAAUUUGAUGAAAAGGAGAAUGUAUCAAACUGCAUCCAGCUGAAGACGUCGGUUAUUAAAGGCAUUAAGAAUCAACUGAUAGACCAGUUUCCUGUUAUUGAACCAUGGCUAAACCAAAUUAUGCCAAAGAAAGACCCAGUCAAAAUAGUAAGAUGUCAUGAACAUAUAGAAAUCCUCACUGUGAAUGGGGAGUUGCUGUUCUUCAGACAAAGAGAAGGGAUUUUUUACCCGACACUAAGGUUGCUUCACAAAUACCCAUUUAUUCUACCGCAUCAGCAGGUUGAUAAAGGUGCCAUUAAAUUUGUACUAAGUGGAGCUAAUAUAAUGUGCCCUGGCCUGACGUCUCCUGGAGCAAAACUUUACCCUGCUGCUGUCGAUACUGUUGUUGCAAUAAUGGCAGAGGGAAAACAACAUGCGUUAUGUGUGGGAGUAAUGAAGAUGUCAGCUGAGGACAUUGAGAAGGUCAACAAAGGGAUUGGUAUUGAAAAUAUCCACUAUUUAAAUGAUGGCCUUUGGCAUAUGAAGACAUACAAGUGAAACAAAAGGAACUGUGUUACUCCAAAGGAAUGCACUUAGAUUAAAUGUGGACUGCUUUGUAAUUCCUUGUUUUUAAUGUGACUGAAUGUACAAAUUAUUUUGUUCUGUGGCUAUGCUAAAUAAAUCAAGUGAAUGCGAAAGUACUGUUAGGCUACAAUAGUUUUCUAGAUUUCCUUUUAUUACAGUUCUUCUGUUUUGUCUUAAACCCAAGUCUUCAGUGACUGAAGAUAUCUGAUGAAAAGAUCCUGCAUGGACUGUGAGUAGACUGCUUCAAACAAAAAGGAGGAAAAAGCCACGAAAUGUUUACAUUUUUAUGCUCUUCUAAGAGUAAUAAAGUGUCUGCGAAAUAUAAUUAAUACAGUUUAUAAAACCUCUGAAACAUUUCAGAUUUUUUUCUUCUGAUUAACAUCUUGUUAGUCUACCUGUUUCUUGAGAAACCAGUUUUUUUGACAUUUAUUUUUUAACUUAAUUUAUUAACAGCAUUAACUUCAGUAUUUUACUUAAAGGUUUUCUCUUUUUAAUAUGCAUUUAUCUGUAUAGGAUUUAUGAACUUAGACUGGUAUGUGGACUAGAAAUUCUUUUACACCAGUUCAUAUCUGAAGAAAAUAUAUAUAUAUAUGUUCAAAUUUCUACCUGCCAACACUAUUUGAUAUCGGUCUCCUUAAAGUGGAGGUUAUAGUCAUGGUGAGCGUACUCCAAAUGGAGUGUUUGCCAACUUGGUGCCUCAUGCUCUACUCCCUGUUUGCCGCCUUAUUUUAGGAGCAGAAACAAAAUCACUGUUUAGCAAAGGCAUGAUAGCAAAACACGGUUAUCACUGUAGCCAGGAGCAGCUUCUUCAGGUGGAACUUGAAAAGAGAUCUCGGUUUGUGCACACUGCCACAUGUAUGCUUAUCUACAGAACGGGUUAAAGAGCACUGUG